AACGCCCAGCAAACGCUACGGCAGUCGAUCUAGCUGUUUUCGAGGAACGGUACUUACCUUUCUCGUACCCUUUCGGUUCAGCAUUUUUAGAUUAACUGUAUUUAAAAUAUCUAUUUUUGAAAGCUCAAGUUUGUAGUUAGAAACCAAAAGUGCUGGAAUUUUGUCAAAGAGAGAAAACGGACCUUGUUCAUCAUCACUGUAGACCAAUCACCUAUUCCUUAAAACCAAUAUGAAACUCGACCUACACCAUGCUAAGUGGAGACACACUUGGUUGAGUUGAAACAUGGGUUUCAUUUGGUUAGGCAUGCUAUUUCUGAUUGCAGGAAAUGUUGCAAUUGUCAAGGCAAAUGACUGUUGGCAGACUUGUGUUAGCAUCCAUUACACAGUGGGGCUUUGUGAAGUCGCCGUUACACAGAGCGACGCAAACAGUGUUAUGAAUGAGGUAUUGAAUAAUGGAAAAGGCCAGCUGUCCUGUUCAGGUUUAACACUCAAGCUCCUUAACGUUACCAUAACAACCCCUGGAAACCGAUAUUCCAUUACAGGACUCUUUGGAGUCAUAUAUGGUAACAUGAAUUCAAGUCAAAAAUCUACUGCGCUGUCAUGUCUUAGAAAUGCCGUGAUAUUCAACGAUAUCGUGUUGAGACCAGAUUACUAUACGAGUCCUCUGAAAGGGUCUUACUGGGCAAACCGCGCAUCGCUAACCAACUAUCAAGAUUCUAUCUGUUAUCUAAUAAAUGGGACGUUCCUGUUAAACGGCGUGUGCGCAGCCUCACCUUCUCCGUCACCAUUUUUACCUUCAUGCUCGACACCGCCACCGUCACCGUCACCAGUAUCUCCAGUUACAAAUUACUCAACAGCAGUAACGAAUGCUUCGGAGUCAACUACAGUUACUUCAGAACCAACUACAGUUACUUCAGUGUUUUUACAUUUUCUGCAUUUUGUCCCAAUCAAACGCGUCAGUCUUGGAGGCACUGUUCAACUGUUUUGCGCCGUUUUGGGAACAGCUUCCGAUAUCGUAAUGUCCUUGUCCAAGAACGACAAAACAUUUAAUCUUGACUAUUCACAAGGCGGUUCGAACUACACCAAAGCACUGGUGCUGACAAUCAAGGGUGUUACAACAAAAGAUGCUGGUUUGUACGCAUGUGAUGUAAGUUCAAGUAUUGGAUUGAUGAAAAGAAGUUUAAAGCUUGAAGUACAAGUAUCUAAAAAGGUCGAAAUGGAAAUGAGUCUGAAGCACAAAGAAUUUCAUUCAGACUUGUUAAACUCAUCUUCUCCCAGAUACAAGGCAUUAGCAGAGGAGUUCAAACAGCAGGUAGCUUAUGUAUUCAACUCCAYUGACGGGUCAAAGAGAAUCGAAGUUUAUAAAUUCAAAAAUGGAAGCACCGUCGUUGAAUUCCUCAUUUCCAUAUCGCGGGUUUUAUCGACACCCCAGGACAACCCACCAGAUCUUGUCAAAGAAGUCAACACUAUUAUGAUAGAACAAGUGAAAAAAGGGAGCUUUGGAAAUUAUUCAGUCAGCCUCGAUUCACUCUUCCUUAAAGCAAAGCCUCCUCCACCAACAAACAUCAAAGCCAUUAAUAAAGGAACAAUGUUCAUCGAACUACAGUGGGAGCCGCCAGUCAAUGGGGAAUCAUUUCAGAUAAAAAAGUAUAUCCUCAAGUACAAGAAUAGCAGAGAGUCAGCCUUCAAAAUGAUAAUGGCUUCAAAAAUAGGGUCCGCAAUACUUGUGGUUCGGAAAAUCGAAAAUCUGGAAAAGAAUACGAAAUAUGAUUUUCAACUGUAUUCGCAGAAUUCUAUUGGGCAGGGUACUCCGUCCAACUUCAGUGUUACAACAUUAAGUGAUAUUCCAGUCAUUGCCAAUGAUGGACAAGAGUUCACAUUUAAAAAGGGCGAAACCGCCGUUAUCUUCUGUAUUGGUUCAAGUGAAAAAAGACCUGAGAAAGUCGAGUGGACUUCCGAACGUCCGCCAACAGCAGAGGUGUAUCGAAAUGAAACAUUGAAGACCAAAAGCAUAUACAUGACCUUCAAAAAUGUAAAAGAGGAAAACGCAGGAAUCUAUAAGUGUAGGACGUCCAUGAAGGAUGCUGUUGGGGAAGGCAAUGUCACACUGAUUGUCAUAGUUCCUGUUGAAGUAAAGCUGAAUGCAACGCUUAAUGAGACUUUUWCAGAAGAUUUGAGAAAUGAGAAGACACCUAAAUACAAGAGAUUGAAAACUAAGUUUGAAGAUGAGCUAUCUAAAUUCUUUGUAAAUAUGCCCGGUUUUGUUGGAAUAGAAGUCAUUGGAUUCGUAAAUGGCAGCGUGAAGGUAAGAUUUCGAGUCAUCGUAGAAGUCAAGGUCGGAGAAGCAGAACAGCUAGGCAAACCAACCAGAACAAAAGUGGAUGUGACAACUAGAAUCAUCAAGAAAGUCCAAACGUCAGAUGGUAAUAUUGGUGGAGGGUUGUUCAUUAAAAAGAACUCCAUCACUUCAGAUGCUCCGCCUCCCUCUCCUCUUAACCUGACUUUAACAGAAAUACACGAAACUUUGGCGCAUCUGAAAUGGCUGCAACCCGAAGAUGCAGACGUAUUUUCUAUCCACAGCUACACCAUCGCACUGAAGAAGUUUGGACAAGCAUGGCAAGAGAAAGUCACAACACAGCAUAUUCAGUUGGAUUCGAGAAUAGAGGAACUUGAAGACGACACACGCUAUACUGUGAAGGUGUUUGCUAGAGGUGACGGUGGUAAAGGGUUGGACAGUGAUAUUGAGRAAUUCAAAACAAAAGAGCUCCAAUUAAAUCUCACAUGGUUGUGGGUAGGACUCGCUCUGCUCCUGGUUCUCGGGAUUUUGGCCUUCUUGGUGUACCACUACAGAAAAAAGCAAAUAGAUCAUCGACAUGAUGCCAAUGGCAACAGAACUGACCAGAGAAGAGCACCCAUCCCGUGCAAUGAAGAUCCUAAAAACAUAACCGCCCACUCCUACCGUAACGACGCCUUUAGUGCCCUUUCUUCCGUGGACGUUGAUUCCCUCGAGCUGAUGCCGGGUAAAUGGUUGGAAAUCCCGCGAGAAAUACUAAUUCUUGGCGACACCCUCGGUGCUGGUCAGUUUGGAUUAGUUAGGAAAGGAGUUUUAGAGCAGGAAAAUGGAUCACUGACGUGUGCGGUCAAGAUGCUAAAGAGUAAGGCUUAGAUACUUCAUAAAGGC